UAGAAACGUUUUUCUGCACUUUCGUAAUUGUGUAAAGUUCGUUUUACUUUCUGGGUAGCUUAAAAGUUUAUGAAUUUGAACAACUAAUUGAAGCUCAAGCUGAUGUUCUCUUUGUUCGGUUCAGAGUUUCAAUGGUUUUUUAUUAUAUUGACUCGAGUUGACUAAGCAUUAAUUUAUAGGUUAAUGCGUUCUUCUUUGUAGAUAAAUACAGAAGCGUCUCUGGGUUUUGCUGGGUCCUCAGCUUAAGAAAUUGGUGAAGGUAAAUAUGGAGGUGUCUUGGUUAAGAGUUCUGCUAGAUAACAUCUCAUCAUAUAUGAGUAUAUCAACGAUGGACAACUUAGAAUCAAACCCAGCACAUAGGUACUACACCAGAGGGGAAGAGAUAGGAAAGCUUCUUAAGCUUGUUCUUGAGGACCUUGUUGGCUCUGAUGCCGCUCCUAGCGAAUUGCUUAACAACGGCUUUGAAGAGUUAUCUCAAUACGUUGACGAACUGAGAGAGCAGUUUGAGAGCUGGCAACCUCUUUCUUCUAGAAUCUUUUAUGUUCUUCGAAUCGAAUCAUUAGCAUCACAGUUACGGGAAUCCAGUUUGGAAGUCUUUCAGCUGCUCAAACACUGCGAACAACAUUUACCUGUCGAUCUGAUUUCACCAUCGUUUGAGGAGUGCAUAGAACUGGUGAAGUUAGUGGGAAGAGAGGAGAUAUCGUAUACUAUUGAUCUAGCUUUGAUAGAUCAAAAGGAAGGUGUUGGGCCUAGUUCAGAGGUUCUGGUGAAAAUUGCUGAGAGCAUUGGUUUGAGAUCCAACCAGGAGAUUCUGAUUGAAGGUGUGGUUCUUGCAAACUUGAAGGAGAACGCCGAGCUUGCUGAGAAUGACACCGAAGCUGAGUUUAUAGACGGAUUGAUCUCUCUAAUGACACAAAUGCAUGAUUACCUUUCCAACAUAAAGCAGUCUCAGUUACUUUGUCCGGACCCUGUGCCUUCCGACUUUUGCUGCCCUCUGUCUCUUGAGCUUAUGACUGAUCCAGUCAUCGUGGCAUCUGGUCAAACAUACGAACGGGUCUUUAUCGAAAAAUGGAUCGGUAUGGGACUCAUGGUUUGCCCAAAGACAAGGCAGGCUUUAUCUCACACCACUCUGACACCUAACUUCAGUGUCAAGGCUUUCAUUGCCAACUGGUGUGAAUCAAACAAUGUCAACCCUCCUGACCCAUUGGAGUUGAUUCAGUCAAGUCAGCCAUUCCCUCUUCUUGUUGAAUCAGGUGACUCGGCUGGUUCUCUGCCUCUCUCUCCAUUGCUGGAUGAUUCACUGGAUGAUUCACUUGAGUCAGAGAGAGCUUCGUCAUCAGAGGAUUCAUCGGUUUCCGGAAAGGGCCAUACAGAAUCGUUAGAUGCUACCAAAUGCGAGGAGCAGCAUCAGGUCCUAAGUAGGUCAACUUCUGCACCAGGCAUUGUCGCUGAAGUGGUUUCCAAAGUCCAACAAAGAAGCACUGAUGCUGCAGAUACAUCAAUCUCACAAGAACCGGUGGAAACUGUUUGGCGACUUCCAUCAGUGAGGCAUUUUCGUCACCCCGGGAUCAUCCCAGCGACCAUAAGAGAAACUGGAAGCAGUUCAAGUAUCGAAGCAGAGGUGAAGAAACUUGUGGAGGAUCUCAAGAGUCCUUCCUUAGAUACACAAAGAGAGGCCACAUCUCGGAUCAGGAUCCUAUCAAGAACCAGUACUGAAAAUCGCAUUGUGAUUGCAAGGUGUGGAGCAAUCAACUCCCUAGUCGAUCUGCUAUACUCCACGGAUGAGAGAAUCCAAACGGACGCUGUGACUUGCUUACUAAACUUAUCCAUCAACGACAACAACAAAUCAGUGAUCGCAGAUAGUGGAGCGAUAGGGCCGCUCAUUCACGUCCUCAAAACAGGAAGCAUAGAAGCCAAAGAGAACUCAGCAGCGACUCUGUUCAGUUUAUCAGUGAUCGAAGAGAACAAGACAAAGAUAGGAGAAGCAGGAGCUAUAGAGCCACUCGUUGACCUCUUGGGAUAUGGGAGUCUCAGAGGAAAGAAAGACGCAGCCACGGCUCUGUUCAACCUCUCGAUACACCACGAGAACAAAACGAGAGUAAUCGAAGCAGGAGCAGUUAGAUACUUGGUUGAGUUAAUGGAUCCUGCGGCUGGAAUGGUGGAGAGAGCUGUGGUUGUGUUGGCGAAUCUUGCAACCACGAAAGAAGGAAAGAUUGCGAUUGGGGAAGAAGGAGGAAUACCUGUGCUGGUGGAAGUUGUGGAGUUAGGUUCAGCAAGAGGCAAAGAGAAUGCAACCGCAGCACUUUUGCAGCUUUGUAUGCAUAGCCCUAGAUUCUGCAACACUGUCAUUAGAGAAGGAGCUAUUCCACCUCUUGUGGCUCUUACCAAAUCAGGAACAGCUAGAGCCAAAGAGAAGGCACAGAAUCUUCUUAAGUACUUUAAAGCCCAAAAACAAGGUAACCAGAGGAGAGCCUGAUCUUCGUUUCCUGCACAGCUUGAUAUCUAUAUGUAUAUAUGGAUGUUAUAUUAUAUAGUGAUUCUUACGGAAAAAAAUAUUUGUACAAAUAUAAGGUGAACCUGUGAAUCUCUCUAGCUGAAAAAUAUGUGUAUACUAUUUUAUUAUUUCAUUGGAGCAAAUAUUUUGAAAUGACAUUAAUA